AAGCCAACUCUCCCUAAUUUCAUUUAUCUCGCAUUUCGAACCUCUGAAGCUUCUUCCCUGAUCAACCACCUACCUUCAUUACCAUGAACGAUGGCGACGCCGAUCCCGUCGACUGGUCGCAAUUCUAUCAAGACAUGGCUGCUUCUGGCCACCGCGACCGACCUCGCCAAUCCCACGCUACCGCGUCGGUGAUAGAAGACUCGACGACGGAGCUCACAAUGCCCAUCUCAGUCGACGUAGCAGCAGCAGCAGCCAGUGGCUCGCGGGGUAAGCCCGCCCGAAAGCGGUCUAGGACUUCGAGGAGAGCUCCGACAACCCUUCUCAACACCGACACCACGAACUUUCGGGCCAUGGUGCAACAGUUCACCGGCGUGCCAUCGGUGCCGUACACGACUUCCUAUAUGCCCGCUGGUGCCACAACGCUCAAUUUCGGGAUCGGUUUCAACAAUCCGGCGAGCCAGUCGCCGACAAUUCUACCGAGUUACGGUAUUCAACAAAACCAGUAUCAAUAUCCGUAUCAAUACCGACAGCCGCCGCAGCAGCAAGAGAUCAUCGGUUUCGGAAUCGGCGAAAACAUUGAGGAUGAUCGCCAUCAAGUGCUGGAAAGCUCGAGGGAAGUUGGAUUAGGGUUGCCGGAGGAGUUUUUUCUUGAUGGGAUAGGCGGGCAGGUGAACCACCCACGGCAGCCAUCAGAAAACAACAGGGGUGGCGGCUACUUCUUAUGAGGAGGACAACUGAGAGCGCGCACACGUAAUAUUUAGCUAUAUUUAUAACUUCAGAUCGAUGUUAUAUACUAUGAUAUAUUUCUACUUUUAUAUUUUUGGAUAUCUUUUUUGUGGAUUUUACAUCAUGGUGUGCUAUAAAUGCAUGAAUUUGGGUUCAGA